UAAAACCCCAUUCGCCCCUUUCUUUCUCCCUAAAAAGCCAUUUUUGACCGAGGAAAAGGCCGCCACUCUCCGCCGCCACAUUCAAAAUGCAAGAAUCCCACUCCCACUACUACGACAACGAAACCUAUGACAACACCUUCCGGCCGCCUCCGCCUCCAAAUCCCCGUCCUCCCUACUCGCCGACCGCCUGCGUCGCCUUCCGCCUCCUCUGCCACACCUCCCGCGUCGGCGGCAUCAUCGGCAAGAACGGCUGCAUCGUCAAGCAGCUUCAGCAAGAAACCUGUGCCCGGAUUCGAGUCGAGGACCCGUGCGGCAACUCCGACGACAACCGGGUCAUUGUCAUCAUAGCUUCUCCUUUGGUGAACCGGAGGAUUACGUUCUCCUCCCCCAGGGGAGAUGACGAAGCGAGUACAAAUAGUUCCGGGAAUGGCGAUGAAUUUGAAGUCUCGGCGGCGCAGGAAGCCGUAGUUAGGGUUUUUGAGAGGGUAAUUGAAGUGACGGCAGAGACUGUCGGGAUGGUAUUGGGCGAUGGAAGUUUAGUUUCUUGUAGGCUUAUUGCGAAGGGUAAUCAGGUAGGGUCUGUGAUUGGUAAAGGAGGAAUGGUUGUUGAUACAAUCAGGAAGGAUACCGGUUGUAGGAUUAAUGUCUUAACAUUGGAAAAUCUUCCGGCUUGCACCUACCCUGGUGACAAAGUGGUGGAAAUUGAAGGUGAAAUUCUUGGUGUUAAGAAAGCACUUAUUGCUAUCACUAGCAGGUUUCAAGAUUGGGUGCCACCAGAGAGAACAGCCAUUAGUGACAACAGAGUUGAUGAUUUUUGUCAGGAAUCAUCACAAGUUAGUUUUCCUGAACAAAGAAGCUCUAUGCAAGUUACUAUCUCUCCUCAUACAGGUGGUAACCUUUUCUCACCGAGAAACGAUAGUUCUUCCAAUUUUUUGUCAAACCAAGAGGUCGCUUUCAAGAUACUCUGUAUGGCUGAUAUAGUGGGGCUUAUUAUUGGCAAGGGAGGAUCCAUUGUUAAGGCUCUUGAAAAUGAAACGGGUUCAUUUAUCAGGGUUGGGCCAAUCAUACCACGUUGUUCUGAACGGGUGAUAACCAUUUCAGCAUUUGAGAAUUUAGAAUCUCAUCAAUCCCCGGCACGGCAUGGUGUUAUUCUUGUUUUCAAUAAACUUGCGGACAUCAACUCUGAGAAGGUUUUGAAUUUGUGCUCAAAGGGGGCAUUUGUUACAGCUCGACUUGUUGUGCCAGCAUAUCAAGCUGGGUGCUUGUUGGGAAAAGGAGGUGCAAUAAUAGCAGAGAUGAGAAAGAUCACUGGUGCUCGCAUCAUAAUACAUAAGGGUGACCAAGUUCCGUUGUGUGUUCCAGAGAAUGAUGAAGUGGUAGAGAUUACAGGGGAAUUCUCAAAUGUUCAAGAUGCUCUAUGUAGUGUCACUGCUAAGCUCCGCAAUAACUUAUUGCAAGCAAAGUCAAAUGAAAAUAGUCCUCAUGGCAGAAUGAAUCUCCAUUGUGACCUAUCACAAAGCAUGGGCAAUCUUAGAAUUUCGCACAACACUAAUGGGUUGCGGUCGCCAAAUUUUAGGCAACCACAAAUAAGAAUAAAUCAGGGAGGUUCUCCCAAUUUCGGCAGAGGGUUCACAUCAGAUAAUGGCGGGUUAGAGCUUGGCAGGUCUGCCUUUGUGACAAAUACAACUGUGGAGAUGGUAGUGUCCGAAAGCGUUAUUAGGUCUGUUUAUGGGCAGAAUGGCAGCAACUUGGAACGUUUGAGACAGAUUUCUGGGGCAAAGGUGAUGAUGUGUGAGCAUACUCCUGGAACAAGUUGUAGGACUGUUGUGAUCUCCGGAACGCCUGAAGAAACACAAUCAGCUCAGAACCUCCUUAAGAACCUCAUAAUGAAUGGAUCAUCAUAACGACAACUCCCUGGCGGUUAUUAAACCCAAACACGUUGAACUGAAUUUUGGAUAGUCUAUCAUACCCAGGAAGGGGAGGUAGGCAUAGGAAAAAAAGGGUUCCUCUCUGUAUUUUGGAUUGUUUUUACCAAUUAUUGUAAGACAAUUAAGUUACAUUUUAUUUAUGAAUAUGUUUAUCUUUCUUGAAAACCUUAGCUCUACC